AUGCUUGAUUUUUUCACUAUCACCACCAGAGGAGGACUUGUCCUAUGGUCAAAAGCAUAUAGUGCCUCAUCAACAUCACCCAUCAAUCAUUUGAUUCAAGAAGUACUCAUCGAAGAGCGUUCAUCCACUCAAAUCUAUUACAAGGACAAUUAUGCACUCAAAUGGACAUUUGUCAAUGACCUUGACCUCAUCUUUAUUGCCGUUUAUCCAAAGACUCUUGGAUUGACUUAUAUCGACACAUUGCUCAAAGUUGUCAGUACACAAUUCAGUGAUUUAUACGGUGCAAAGAUAUUGCGUAAAAGCAAUGGUGGCAUUCCGCAGCUCAAGGAUUGGGAUUUACAAUUCGAAGCUUUGUUACAGACUGUUGAAGAUCAGGAUGCUUCCGUAACUAAACAGCCACGCAAAUUUGAGGAAACAGUGGGGUAUGCAAAUACAUUGGCUUUUGCUAAAUCCAAGCCAGGAUCCAAAUCACCUCUACUAGAUGAAGACGAGUUCCGUAGAAAUGUAGAAUUGCUUAAAAAGAAGACAGCGUCACCUAGGAUGGGCGGUCGGAAGGGCAAAGGAGCUAAAUCACCUGUUACAUCACCUGUUAUUGGAUCAGAUGAUUCGCCGAAAAAGAAGGUCAAGGAAGGAAGAAAAUGGGAUGGCAAGAUCUCAGCUAAAGAUGCAAAGAGUUUGGAUUAUAGUAAUUCAGAUAUAUCUGAAGUUGUUAAAACGGAUCGCUUGGUUGAUCAAAGUGGAAUGGGUCAGCACAGCAAAGAUGGUACCUACAGCGUUGCAGAUUUGGAGGCAAGCGAUGAUGCUGAGGACAGUUACAGCUCAGAUGAUUCAGAUGGCGGUUAUACAAAGAUUUCGGGACGAUCCCUUCAAGCUAAAAAGCCUGUUGCUUCAAAUGGACUGUUGUCGUUUUUCAAAAAUAUGACAGGACAAAAAGAGAUGACAGAAGAAAGUCUGGAGCCUAUUAUGAGAAAGAUGAAGGAGCAUUUGAUUAAUAAAAAUGUUGCUGCCGACAUUGCUCAACAUUUAUGUGAUUCUAUUGCUAAAGGACUUGUUGGGCAGACACUGGGCAGCUUCAAGAGUGUACAGGCACAUGUGAAGCAGAACAUGGAGUUGGCAUUAAAACGAAUUUUGACACCAAAAACCUCUGUCGAUUUACUACGCGAUAUUGCACAAGCACAAGCAGAGAAAAGACCUUAUACAAUUGUCUUUAUUGGUGUCAAUGGUGUGGGGAAAUCCACCAACUUAUCCAAGACCGCCUUUUGGCUAUUACAAAACAAUAUGAAGGUUUUGAUUGCAGCCUGUGAUACUUUCCGUUCUGGAGCUGUGGAGCAGCUUCGAGUUCAUGUUCGGAAUUUGAAAGCAUUAGAACAGAACGCGGUCGUGGAUCUGUAUGAAAAGGGAUAUGGAAAGGAUUCUGCAACGAUUGCAAAGGAGGCUAUUUCGUCUGCCAAGACAACAGGACAUGAUGUGGUUCUGAUUGAUACAGCUGGACGUAUGCAAGAUAAUGAUCCUUUGAUGCGAGCUCUUGCCAAGCUGGUGACAGUAAAUAAUCCAGAUAAGAUCAUCUUUGUAGGCGAGGCAUUGGUGGGUAACGAAGCAGUGGAUCAAUUGACGAAAUUUAAUGCAGCGCUGAAAGACUUUUCAGGAAUGGCGAAUCCACGUCAUAUUGAUGGUAUGAUCUUGACAAAGUUUGACACGAUUGAUGAUAAAGUCGGAGCUGCAUUAUCAAUGACAUACACAACAGGGCAGCCAAUUUUGUUUGUGGGAACUGGCCAAACCUACACUGAUCUAAAGAACAUGAAAGUCAGCCAUGUUGUUGCAUCACUUCUUCGGGAAUAA